AUGUACACCCUGGUAGUCCUCGUAGCAGCCCUGUCGGUGGCGGCAGCGGCACCUUCCGGUUACUGGGGCGGCGCCGCCCUGGCGGGUCCCGCACUCGGCCCGGCCGCCCUGGCCGGCCCCUCGGUGGGCCCUGCGUCUCUGGCCGGUCCGGUUCGCGGACCCGCUAGGCUUUCCGGCGCCGUCGACGGAGGAGCAGUCGUCACGGGAGCCGUCGCCGGUCCCUCCGUCGUCUCCGGCAGCGUCGCCGGACCGGCCGCCGUUGACGGAGGCUGGGGACCGGCCGCCGCUUGGGGAGUCGCGCCCGCCUGGGGUGCCGUCCUGGCCGGACCUGCAGCCGGACCUGCCGCCCUGGCCGGACCCAUCGCCGCACCUGCCUACAUCGCCGGACCAUCCGGCAGCAUCCAGGCCGGACCAGCGGGCGUGGGCAGCAUCGCUCGUGGAUGGGCCGGUGGACACUGGUAAUCGACCGAGGUGCUUCUUGAAACAGGACCUUCUCGACGACCCGACUGAUAUCCCCUUCAACCAU